AUGUCGAACUACUGUCAGGCCUACGCUGCGCUCACCCAGUCGUCUUCGCGCUCGGAGGUCGCGACCGUCUUGCAGUCUAUCGCCGAUGGUGAGCGAAUUUUCCUUUUCCCGCGAAGCUAUCUGACGCGUAAGAAAGCCGCGAUGAUGUGCAGCGACCGCACAGAGCUCAUUCAAAUGAUUCUUGAUGACAUUACGCUCUUGAUGAAAAGCUCGUCUUCCAAUAAAUCACGACUCACUGCGAAAGACACUGCGCCAGCACUGGCUGCAAUCAAGGCCCUUGGAAAGCAUCCUGCCGGAUCCCAAGUGGUGGCUACUCGCCAGAACCUCAUUUCCCUUCUUGACACGUUCAGGGCCUUCAAAGACGAUGCAGAGGCUUCCAAUGAAGCUCUCAAAUGUGUUUGCAACGCGCUACUGCUCAUCGAGCCCUCCCGAAAGCUCUUCAUCCAGAAGGGUGUCGGGGGAAGCGAAUUCACGUUCGACCUUCUCGAGAAAACGGCGUCUCCGGAACGGAUCUUCCUCUGCUCACGCCUCAUAUUCCUCACGACCGUUUCCAUAGCCAGUGCCGGCGAUUACAUCAAGGGUCUCAUUGAAAAUAAGCCCCCGGGACACCACAACAAUGUCGUCGAGAUCAUUGGUGGGAAGCUUGAAAACCUCACUACCAGCAUACUAGGAAGUGAGAAGAUGGCUCGUGAGGCUAUGUCCGAGCUGCUGAAAGCCCUAUUCAAUAUACUGUUACAUUAUCCGAAGCUUGCCGACGAUUCUCCAAGCACUAGUGAUGGGAAGAAGGUCAUCGGGGACUGCUGGAGCGACCGGCUGGAUGGUAUUCUUCCACCGCUGCUGCGGCUUUUUAACUUACUACCGCCAACUUUCCCCGCGCCCCUGGCCUCCCCCAUGAUCUAUGUGAUCCACGCGCUCAUCACCAUUCCCGUAACCCCGUCACUCCGAUCGAAGUGGUUUCCGCCGCUAAGCAACCCUGCCUCACCACGGUCGUCAUCCAAGCCGAUCUCCCCUGUCAGUUCUCCGCCGGCACCCGACUCGCCCACAGCCUCGGGCAGCCGCAGCGAAUCUCCCAACAGCAAGGAGUCAAAGCAUGGCGCAUUCGACCGCGCGUUUUCUAGGCUAUCCGUCGCGCGCAAGUCGUCGCACCGGUCGUCGUCUACCCAGCCCAAUCAAGACACCCUGCUCCGCGCAUUCGACUUGCUAGAUGUGACCCUUUCGCAUUACCUUCCGAGCGACAUAGACCCUGAUGAUGGCACCGUGCGAGAACGCUGCCAAACUGAGAGCGACAGUACCCUCGAUGACCUCGUCUGUCCUCUGGUACUACUCAUCACGAAGCUCUGCCAGGCUGAGGAAGGUGCACGGAAACGUAUGCGAGACUGGAUUUUGCCGGAAGACCUUGACCGGACAAGCCCGCUCGAGGAACGUGCGGACCUGCUGGGCAGAAGCUUGCGGCUCCUGGGCUGCAUUCACCAUAGUCGGCUCAAAGACGCCACCGGCGAGAUGCUAUAUGCUGUCUGUGAUUCAGAUCCGAGUACACUAGCGUCGUACGUUGGUUACGGCAACGUCGCUGGCUUUCUGUUCAACAAAGGCAUCAUGAGCGCGCCUCCCUCUGCGGGCCACGGUCCACCGUCGACGACCGCGGACGGCACGCCGAUCAAUCCUAUCACAGGCGUCGCGCAGCAGCAGAACGACACGGGCCCGGAGAUGACAGAGGAGGAGAAGGAGCGCGAGGCUGAGAAACUCUUCGUGCUGUUCGAUCGGCUCGAGAAGAGCGGCGCUCUCCCGUCCAGCCAAAAUCCCAUUCGGAAGGCGAUCUCGGAAGGUAAGGGCCCGGCAUAUUAA